AUGAAGAAGGUCUACGAAGCAAAGAUGAAAGAGCUCGGCUUUGUUAAUGCUGCAGAAAAGUCCACAAAACGCAUAAACGCCUGGGUUGCCAAUAAGACUAAAGGUGAAAAUAUAAUUAAAAUUACAGAGGUACUGUCUCCAGAUUCAGUUGAAUCGUUGCCUAUGCUGAUUCUCGUGAAUGCCAUCUACUUCAAAGGAAAAUGGAAUAGUCAGUUUAAGAAAGAGCUGACCAUGGAAAUUCCUUUUAAAAUCAGAAAGAAUGAAAAGAAACCUGUGCAAAUGAUGUUUAACAUAUAUACUUUUAAAACGACAUAUAUAGGAGAAAUAUUCACCCAAAUUCUAGUGCUUCCUGAUGUUGGAAAGGAGCUGAACAUGAUCAUUGUGCUUCCAGAUGAAAACACCAAUUUGGAAAUGGUGGAAAAAGAACUUUCUUAUGAGAAAUUCAUAGAAUGGACAAGGCCAGGCAAGAUGUACGAAGACGAGCUGGAAGUUUUCCUUCCCAGAUUUAAACUGGAGGAAAGUUAUGACAUGGAGGAUGUCCUUUGCAGUUUGGGCAUGACUAAUGCCUUUGAAGAGGAGAGGGCAGAUUUUUUGGGAAUGUCAUCUAAGAAAGGACUGUAUUUGUCCAGGAUCAUACACAAGUCUUUUGUAGAGGUCAGUGAGGAAGGUACAGAAGCAGCAGCUGUCACUGCCAUCAUCAUGGUCCCCACAUGAGCAAGAAUCAUCCCCAGGUUCUGUGAAGACCAUCCUUUCCUUUUCUUUAUCCAGAACAGCAAAACCAAUAGUAUUCUCUUCUGUGGCGGAUUUUCCUCUCCAUGAAGACGUAAUAGUCAUUGGAUAUAGCCCUUCUCUUUUCUCUUAUUGACCUGAUUAUCACCAUGUGCCUGUAAUCGAAAGUGACCUUAAUUAGUGCAAGGGUGGCAAAUCACAAAUUAGGGACCUAGUUUUGAAAUCCCUUGUUAGGAACCCUUAUGCGUUUGUAUGUUUGCAUGUUAAGUGUUUUCUAGGGUCUGAAAUGGACAUUCUCUGAGGGUCUUGUGAUCACGUUGGCAGUGGUAGCA